AUGUCGCCAAUGAAAUUCACGAGGAAUCAAUCGAGUAGUAAUUAUGGCGAGGCCAUUGUCCGUCAGGCCAAUGUCCUUGCCAGCUGCUACAUUGUCGACACUGUCGGCACUCUGAAGGGUCUCCACUACUGCACUACCGGGGCUGCCGGUAACAGCAGCAGCAGUAACAAACGCCGCGAGAUUCCCGGCAAGAGGAUAGCCCGACGAGGGGGGGCAGCACUAUCGAUCAGGGAAGAAUGUGAGAGAUUCUUUUGUGAGCGCAUGUCGGCCGUGUUCCAUGGUGAGAUGAGCACGGAUUCGACUGCCCCCGGCCUGAUGGGUGCUUAUACUUUACAAACGCCGCCGGUCGACGACGAGUCGUCCCUCGCCCGCCGCUUCGGAGGCAGGGACGCCAGGGACGGCAUCCUGACGGACAAGGGUGCUCCCGCUCCUGCCGUCACUGCCUGGCUCGAGAUCUGGGACUUCGAGGCCGGCGCCAGUUUCCGUGCGUUCGUAACCGAUGACGGUCAUGACAAGACUUUGUUCGUCUUUUUCGAUGGGAACAUUGUCGAUGCCGAUUUGAAGCAGGCCCUCAUGGCCUUGAUCGAUUUGGCCGACGGUGCGCUCGAUUGCCAGCGUAUCGUUGUCUGUCUUGACCGCCGCAUACCGGAACCUGAAACGAAGGGGUUCAUGAAGAGUUUGCAGUGGGUUGGUUUCGACCUCACGACGCUUCGUCCUUGGGCCAGCAUGGACGUUACGAGCGAAGAAUGGCUGUUUAUGGCAAUGGAAUUGUAG